AUGCAUCUUCCAGUACUUCUCGUCGUUUUCAUCCACUUGGUUGCAUUAUCAGAAGGAAAGGUCACUGCUGAACAACUUGACAAAAAACUUGGAGCCGGAAUGAAACACGUGUCCUGUCAGAUGAGGAUCACCGGAUUUUACAUGAAACGACACUGCAAAAAGAAUUUUAAUACAACCCUCAGAUGUGAUUUGAACGAAGUCGAACGUAGAUCGGUGAAAAAAGUGGCCAAGCUGUGCUGUGAAGAUGCUCCAAGCUGUGAGCCAUCUGAGCUCUUCGAUGAGUUCUGCUGCCAAGGAAACGAUUGUGAGCAGACCGAUUGCCAUCCGUGGGAUGAUUCAAUCGAGGAGAUUCAACUCGCCAACUUUGUCUUCUCAUCAGAUGACGUUUUCAACAACAUUCAGGAAAGAAUCAUCGCAGAGAUGAAGAUUGGAAACCGUCCGGACUAUUUCCCAGAAGUUUUAUCAGUAUACUAUGAGAAUCCGGAAUUAAUCGAAGAAAACGAGUCAUCACUCCGCCGAUACUUCAAAGCUCAUCGCCUUCAAGCCGCUCACAUUGCAAAAUCAUUUGGAAUAAUCAGACGUCACGAUAACCAAAUCAAAUUCUAA